AUGAUUUCGGCACAUGGAUUAGCAGCCCUCUUAAGUAUUCCUUUGAAGACCUUGGUGCUAAUCGUGCUUUACCCCUUUGUCGGAGGUAUUGGCCGGAAGUUCAGUAAGGACUUCAUUAAUUCGGUCAAAUUGGUUAUCUUUAUUGGAGGAAUCUCUAUGCCUAUUCCUGAUGGUAAAUAUCUUAACGUCUUUUCUAACAAGUUCUUGAUUCGUGUUUUGAUUAAUUACCUCCAUAAAAAGACGGUCAAGACGCUUCCAGGAUAUGGAGAAAGAUAUGAUGAGCAAUCCUUCUGGUUAGUUAAGCAGCCUGACAGAAAACCUUCUGAUCCAAUCCUUGUAUAUUUGCAUGGAGGUGGCUACUUCUUGGAAACAAUGCCUUCUCAAGUUCAAUCAGUUUUGGCUAUUCAAAAGCUUGUUGACCCUAAGAAGCGUGAAAAAUUGUCCAUUUUACUCUUAGACUACAAGCUUUGUAGUUCUGGUUAUCAAUUCCCUUACCAAAGACACCAAUUGCAUUCCACUUAUCAGAAAUUGACGAAGUCUGAACACAAUACGAACAUCAAUUUCAUUGGUGAUUCUGCUGGUGGAAACUUGGCAGUCAUAUACUUGCAAUUGUUGAAGGGCUUGAAGGAUCCAGAAACCAUUUUCCCUAAGAAUAUUAUCCUUAUUUCUCCAUGGGUAAAAAUUGUUCCCGACAGUUCUCAGUACCAACCUGGGCAAUCAUAUUAUGACAACGAUGGCCGUGAUAUGAUCAAUUACUACAUCUUUAGUAGAGAGUAUCCUGAGAAUCCCAUCUUAGGAAAAACCGACCCGAACGCUCUUGAAGUUUCUCCGGGGAAUUGCAUUGCCAGCAAGCCUCUGGACUGGGAUGGAAUUUCCACAUUAAGGAAUUCGAGUUCAAAUGUAUUUGUUAUUGUCGGUGAGGAUGAAGUAUUCAGAGAUGAUGUCUUGAACUGGACCACCGAAGCGUUGGAUGUACCAUUAGGAAAGCAGAAGUAUGGAGACUCUAAUAAUGUGUUCGACGCUAAAAAACACCUGUACAUCAGAAAAGGGAAUGAUAAGAGUGCUGGAGUUCAAGUCUUUGUUGAACCUUGGGGUGUUCACGAUUCUGUCUUCUUCUUCGAAAAUGACUUACUCGGUAAGCUUGAAAAGAACCCAAGCUGGACGCUUAAGGAUAUCAACAGAGACAGAUACUUCGGUAUAACCAGAAUUGUAGAAUUCUUAAACGACGCUUUAUAG